CUGUCGAAUUCACGCGACUCGUCACAUAUUGUUAAAAAUUAUCAAUUUAACGCGAUUUUUUAUUUUAUCUUUCUUGCAAUGUUCCCUGUAUUAUAUUGUGCAAAGCAUUAUUUAUUACAAAUAAAUAAUUAGAGUUGAACGUGUAUUACGAUAUUUGAUUAUUUCUAGCUACAAUAGAAUACAUACAUAUAUAUAUAUAUAUAUAUAUAUAUAUGUAUAUGUAUAGCCGAGUAUGUUGAAUCAGCUGUGAAAACAGCCAUUUUGCAGUCAUCAGCUGUCAUAUACGUUAUCACACUGCGGAAGUAUUCAUUACGUGCGAAUCGGUAUGACAAUUCGUGACCGUUCAUAACAAUCUUUUCAAAAUAAUAAUUUGGAUUAACGUGCUAUUUGAACAUAAAAAGGAACUGUAAAUUAAACACGUAAUCCACAUAUGUGACAUGACGGCUACAUGCAAUAUAUUUCAUCGUAGAUCAUCAUAUUUUCACUUGUUUUAGGAUUUAUAGGAUAAUAACAACCUAAAAUAAGUGAAUAUGGAUGAUGAAACAUUGAACAGACUUGCAGUUGAAGCCUUACUGGAAGAAGCUAAGCUUGGUGCACAAAGAGCUGAAAUAAUGGGACCUAGUGGAUGGGUAAAACCUAAAGAAACUGUUAACAAAAGAUUUCUCCAUUCAACAUUACGAAAUGCAGUAAUAUCAAAUAAGCAUCGUUCACUGAAGCAAGAAAAAGUGAAAGUUCAAUCACAUAAAGCAGAUACUAUUAAAAAAUCAUAAACUAUGUAUAUAUAGUUAUUCUUGUACUUGUGUGUGUAUAAUAGAAUAUAUAUAUAUAUAUAUAUAUAUAUAUAUAUAUAUAUAUAUAUAUUCUAUUAUACAAUUUUCAAAGUAUAUAUUUACUAUAUUUUAUAGAUAUAUAGACAUGUAUUUAAAUUAUUGCUGCUAAGUAAUUGUUUCAUAUUUAUUUCUUUUAUUAUAUAGUACAUGUGUGUUACAACUUUUUUUAUGAAAUAACAAAAAAUUUCUUUUUAAACAUACCAAUAAACGGUAUAAAAAGAAUUACAAAUAACAAUUAUCAAUAUUGUACAAAAAUAUUUCGAAUGUUCCGCAAAUAUCUACAUUCGUUUUCGUGUACCAAUAUUUAAUAAUUUAUUCUUUGAUAAACAUAUUUUAUAUCUUUUAAUUAUUUUUUAUAAAUUCUUGAUUAUAAUUUUCACAGAAAUCACUUUUAUUUACAAUAUCAAUAUUAAAGUCGUUCUAAUAAUUGUAACACAAAAUUCUAUUAUACAAUAUUUCAUGUCUUUCUAAUUUUUAGAGAGACAUCAUUAAAACUUUCAUUAAAUAUACAAAUAUGAAAUAAAGUGUACAAAUAUGUAUAUCUUUUCAUCUUGUAUAUUUCUUGCUACCUGUUUGCAUAUUUAGCUUAAAGAUUAAUAAAAAUUAAUUGUGUAACACCACCAAGUAAUAACAAGUUUUAUAGAAGCACCAAUAUUUUAAACUUAUAUAGCUUUAACAAAUAUAUAUAUAUAUAUAUAUAUAUAUAUAUAUAUAUAUAUAUAUACAUAUAUACAUAUACAUGUAGCAUAGAAAAUGUAAUCGUACACUUUUUUUAUAAGUAUAAAAUUACUUAUUAAUUACUUAAUAAUUACUUACAAGUAAAACAUUUUGCAUUGAUAAGUUGCACAUAUUGAUAUAUGGCAUCGUUUAAACAUUUACAAAAUCAAAAUAAUCGCACAUUAUUUAUAGUUACACAUCUGUAUCUCAGGUAUUAAAUUGACAAGACUGAUAAAUCGAGAUAUCUUUCAGUAACUAAUAUUUUUCUAUUAUUUUUCUAUUAUUGUAUAUAUUUAUGAAAAAAAAUGUUUCCUUCUCUUUUAUGUGUAAAUUGCAUUGUGUUUACGCCUUUAAUUGAUGCUAAUUUAUGAUGGGAUAUUGUUUGUAUAUAUAUAUAUAUAUAUAUAUAUAUAUAUAUAUAUAUAUAUAUAUAUAUAU